AGCUGUGGACUAUCUCUAAGAUGUAUUGUGUUAGUUGCGCCAGGCUGUUGUGACGAGCGGACACACACUGCGCAUGUGCAGUUGAUUACUUCCUGUGAAACUAAAACAGAAACUGACGUGCAGUAAGCUGCUGACAGAAGCAGAGGAUCUGUGCUGAAUUGAUAUAUUCAUUGGUUGGUCAAGGGCAGGGACUGUACAGGUAUUAGAUAGAAAACACACCACAUAACAAGAUGUCGAUGGGAUACGAGAAUGUUGACGAUGAUUUCAACACAGCUGGCUUUGAGUUUGGAGAACAGAGCAUUCGUAUGGGUUUCAUAAGAAAAGUCUAUGGAAUCCUGAUGUGUCAGUUGGCUGUUACUAUGAUCUUCAUAGCACUGUUCCUCUAUGUAGAACCCAUAGCACAUUAUGCCCAGGCCAAUCCCUGGAUGUUCUAUUUAGCAAUAGCCAUUACAUUUGUCACCCUGAUUGCUCUGGCAUGCUGUACUGAGGUCAGGAGAACCUUCCCCAUGAAUAUGAUCUUUCUGGGACUCUUUACACUGUGUGAGUCAUAUUUCCUAGGAACGGUGGCAAGCACAUACAAGGCAGAGCAUGUGUUAAUGGCAGUAGGAAUUACAGCAGCAGUGGCAUUGGCUCUGACGAUAUUUGCCUUUCAAACAAAAAUUGACUUUACCAUGUGUAGUGGUUUGCUGUUUGUGCUGCUGAUUGUGCUCAUCUUGUUUGGACUCAUGUGCGCCAUCUUCAGGAAUCAUUAUGCCUACAUAGCCUAUGCUUCACUCGGAGCCCUGAUCUUCUCAUUCUUUAUGGUAUUCGACACUCAGUUGAUGCUGAUGGCGAAGCAUCGCUACACGGUUUCCCCAGAGGAGUACAUCUUUGUUGCCCUGAAUCUCUAUAUCGAUAUUGUGACAUUGUUCUUGAUUAUCUUGGCCAUUAUCCGAGGAACUUAUGGAAGACAUUAAUAGUAAAUUAGAUUUGCCAUUUAGAUAUUGCUGUGAAAUUAAUUGUGCUUUUUUUUUUCAACUGUUCACAAAUUCCUCCAAUCCAUUGGUUCACAGCAGAAGGAUUUACUGAGAAAAUAACUUAUCAUGGUACAGACAGUGCACAAUGAUUUAGAUUUGCUUUCAAAUCCAGCACUGUUUAACGAAAAAAAAAAUAUUCAAUACAAUUUCAUUAUAUUGGUAAGUCUUCACAAGUAAAUUAUGAGGCUGGAGGAAUCUGUGCCUGUUUAUUUUCAGUGCUCCUGAAUUUUCCAUCAUGUUUAUUGAUGUAAUGUGUUUGAUUUAGUUUCCAGAGCCACUGAAGUUUCUUCUUGCUGUUGUCAUUAUUAUUAUUAUUAUUAUUAUUAUUAUU